AGAGAGAGAGAGAGAGAAAGAGAAAAAAUUGGUCUUUUUCUCCCCUUGACUCUUUUUUAGGCAUGAACGCCGAGACCUGCGUUUCAUACAGCGAUAUGACAUCCAUGGAUUCGUAUUAUAGCCCCUCUGUAGCGCAAGGUAGGGAUCACCAGACGGACCACUUUAGAACAUUCCCAUUCACUGACACCAAAUACAGCCCCACUGCCUUCCUGCCCAACAAAGGUCAGGCUUACGGAGAAAGGUCCCGGAGCCCCUUCCAGCAGGAGUGCCAGUCAUUGGAUGCCGCCGCAGCUGGGCAAGGCACUUUCAGCAAAUACCACCUCUUCAUGCAGAGGUCUUCUUGCAAAACACCACCCGAGGAGGGCAAACUGCACCAGGAGAGCGGACACAACGGAGCGCUCAUCCCGUACUAUGUUAAAGACAGUUCAGGUCUGACAGACUCUGACUUGGCGCCAGACUCAGACCCACCUGGAAUGGACACCAGCUACCUGGCUGUGAAGGAUCAGGGCGUGAAGGUGGCCUCUGAUAGGCCACCAGGCACAGACUUGUCAAGCCCUCUGGACAAGGGCGAUGUUGGUGAAAGUAACAAGGGGAAGAAAAGGCGCAACCGCACAACCUUUACAAGCUACCAGCUGGAAGAGCUAGAGAAGGUUUUCCAGAAGACGCACUAUCCAGACGUGUAUGCCCGGGAGCAGCUGGCACUGAGGACUGACCUGACUGAAGCCCGUGUGCAGGUAUGGUUUCAGAACCGAAGGGCAAAAUGGAGGAAAAGGGAGCGUUUUGGUCAGAUGCAGCAGGUCCGAACACAUUUCUCAACAGCUUACGAGCUGCCUCUUCUGACACGUCCUGAGAACUACGCACAGAUUCAGAACCCUUCUUGGAUCGGUGGCAGCAGUGCAGCAUCUCCCGUGCCGGGCUGCGUGGUGCCCUGCGACUCUGUGACUCCAUGUAUGACACCUCACCCCCACUCUGCCAGCGGGAUGUCUGAUUUUCUGGGUGUGCCAAGCCCCGGAGGUCAUAUGGGACAGGGUCACAUGGGCAGCCUGUUUGGAGGAUCUCCUAGCAUGGCCACAGGCAUCAACACAUAUGAUCUCAACAUGGACCCUGACCGCAAGUCCUCCAGUAUUGCCGCUUUGCGCAUGAAGGCCAAAGAACACAGUGCAGCCAUAUCUUGGGCCACAUGAUGUGUUGAUACCUGCUGGAUGGCGGAUCUUGUUGAUCCCUGAGAUGUAUACAACAAACCCAGUAUUGGGUGAGGGGGCACUAAAAUCAGAAACUUUAACGGCAACAAUGACUACCUUCAAAAAUGUUGCAAUAAAAUAAUUAUGCAAAUAUACGGAUGGGUGAAGAUUAAUCAAAGAGAAAACAGCAAGAGAUUUGGCAAGAUAAGUGGCAUGGCACUGCUAUGUUUCUCCACCCCUCCGGUGGGAGAAAGCAACCACAGUGAGCUUUGUGGAAAGCCUGGUGGGAGGUGAUGCUGUACUUUAUAACAGGAGUGGCAGUGUAGUACUGAUGAUAUGCGAAGGAAAAUGUUACAUAAUUUCAAACAAAGCCAUGCAGUUAUAUGCUUAAAUACAGAAUAUUCUGUUUGUACAGUGCUUUCCGUGUCAUGGAGGUUCUCUGUUCAGGUGCUGUUUUAAUUCUACCAUAUUAUUUAAAUUUUGAGUGUUAUUGUUUUUUCCCCUCGAGUUACUGGUUUUGAUUUGACAAAUAGCUUGGCAGGCAUCCUUAAAACUUUAUUUUAAAGUUUAGGUGUAAUUGUUAAGCCAUGUAUAUAUUAUUUUAAGGCAAUCAUAAGCAGCAUUAGCACAUGCAGAAGUGUGUAACACACACUGUUGGUAUGCUAGUGCUACAGAAAAACUGUUAUAUCCAGCCUAGCUGUCACAUUAUGAAGCUUCUCGGAUUCAAUGCAAACAUUUCAGUUGCUAAAAAAGUUUGAAGUGGUUCUGCCCACUAGCAUUUAAAAGUCAAACAGAUGAAAUGUGGUUUGUUUUAGUGCGGUCAGGUUGAGAGAUCCACCUGCCGCACUGACUCAGCCUGCUGAUGGCCAGAGAAAUGAAGGGAUGGAGGAGGAAGCGAUGUGUGGGAGUAUGAGAGGGGCACAGCAGGCCUGCUGCUCUGAGGGCUGAAGAGCCUGGGAGCGCCAGCCUCCAAAAAGAGCCAGCUCUGUUUUCAGGAGGACAGACUCCAAGUGGACAUGACUGUGCCCCUUGCAUUUCCAGUCUCAGGAGUUUAAGAAGGAGAAGUGCCUACUAGUCAGUCAUUCUGCCAGAAAUAACACCGAAACCAGCGGCAGCCACCUUUGAAACAGAGGGGGCUGGUGGAGAUUACAGAGUGUGUUGACACUUUUAAACACUGAAAGGAUGUCAGUGUUCAACAGCCCUAUUCUGGACUUUAACACGGCCGUGUUUGGCUGUCAUAGCUGACCGGUUAAUGGUUGUGAAGCAGCGCUGGCAUAUAUGUUACAGUGUCUCUUUCUCUAUUUCUCUCAUUGUUUUUGUCAAGACCAAACAAAGGAAGCCAUCGACCAGAUUAAUUCAGAGUAACCUCUAUUCAGUAAGGUUCUGACUGCAUCUCAGUUGGAUGUGGCUCCUCUUUCUUUAUACACCCUGAGGUCCUAUUUUACCUCACAAAAACAUACUUCUGUUCAUCACAUACACAUCUAAUAUUUCUCUAAAUGAUGAUGGAAGACAGUAUCCAAAUUUAGUGAGUGAGACAACAGGAAGAAUCAAGGAGAUUUCUGUAGGGAUGGGUUUAUGUUUCAGCUGAGGUACUUGCAAAGCCUUAUCCAGCUGCCUCAAACUCCCAGAUUCACUAUGUUUCAGUUAUUUUUUGGUGAUUUGAUUACAUGCAAACUUGUUUGAGAAUUUUUUGUGCAAUUUCACUUGGGUCCUGCAUUAUCUUUUGCUCUAAGACUAUAAUUAUUUUAAGUCGCAUCAUGCUUACAAGGUGUAAAAUCAUGAAUUAAGUGUUUAAUCAAAUAACACAACAAACUAAUUGACACACAGAAAACCUGGGAUCAGGUAGCAUAUCGGUAAAGGUAUACUGGUCGGUUUCUGGGUCUCUGGCAAAAUAUAGUGACACUGCUCUCUAGAAAGCUAUGUGCACUCUCCAUCUGGGGAACAUGGACCCAACAGCAAAUGUUAACCCCAAGCCUCUUAGCCUCAUUAGUUUUUUUGGCAUGAUAUCUGAGCAGGACCUGUGUUAAUGAAACCACUAAGAUGUCAGGCAAAGCACCGUAAGGAAUCAUGUCCCCUGUCUCCACUCUCAGCCAUUACUCCCUGUUUACUUCUAUGUAGUUUGUGUCUCUUUGUGGAAAGAGAAGAGGAGGAGCAAGGCAGAAAAAACCAGAGAUGAUCCCAAAACAUACGCUUAUAUCCAUAUCCUCAAGUCAUAUAAAUAGGUCAAAUAUUAAACCUUGUUUUUCCCUGGAUUCCUCCAGUUACAGAAAUGGCAUAUGAGGUUUACCGAUGAGGUUAUGCAUGUUCUUCCUUUGUUUCCAAAGCCCGAUUUAGGCCUUAAGCAUAACAAAGGUUCAUGGUUUUGAAAAGCAAACCUGAGACCUUGUAGUGCACCUUCAGGCAGAGCAACCAUUGCUAAUUCACUAAACCGAACCACAUUCAUUGUCCUUCUGGGCAGGUAAGAGAAGCGGGGAGCAGGCUAUAACCUGUCAGCAGAGCAGAAUGCCCCGGAGUACUCCAAAUUACAUCCAGUUUUACUCUCCGGCCCAAAUCCAAGGCAUAUGCAUAAUCCUCCUCACUAUAGCGUACAUAUCUCAAAACUGAGAGGGUCUCCUUGCAAAUGCGGACAUAGGGGCCCCCUGUACUCUAGCUGAGGGGUUGGAUGGAGGACGAGCCGUGAGGGCGUCUGCUGUGUUCCGGUGUUCUGGGAAAAGGACAGUGCACACAGCUGCGCUCAGGGGGUAAAUGCAAAACAAACAUGCCUCACACAUGCUUCCCCCUCAGCUGUCAUGGCUCUGCUUUCAAAGAUUCACCCCUCCUCUUCCUGACCCACCUCUAUACACACAUACACAUUGCACUGCGCCUCUCCCUUUGCUCACUUCCACUGGCUCAAAGAUGCAGCCCCCGAUCGCAGGGUCCAAGGCACAGCCGCCCGGCCAACCCAGGAAGGCUUUUUAAUUAACACUGAGCCAUGUGGAGGCUGAGGACUGCAGUAUUGUGUGUCAGGACAGACAGGGUUGUCUGUCUCCUAGUUGGUUUAGAGUAAAAUUCUCCUCUGCACAGUGCGCAGACAUACUCACAUUCAGUAGCUCAGGUUUAUACAAUGCAUACUCACUGUUUUCAACCUUCAUUAUUCAUGGAUUUACACAGCUCCAGUCAGUCUCCAAAACCUCCAUGUCUUCCUUCUCUAAGAACGGCAGACAUUCAAUCUACCCCUUGAAUUCCUUGUCCUACAAUCACAUAAGGACUGUUGAAUCCUUAUUAAAUAAUGAUCUUUUGAAAAAACCUCCUGAAUGCCGCAUAACUCAAUCCCUCAGUUAUGAUGUCAUCAUCCACUUUUCUCAUUUUCUAAUACUACUGAAGUCAGGCAAUCAGUAUUGAUAAAUGUGUGUGCUGUUGCGUGCAUGUACAUUUUUGUGUAUGCAAAAUGGAUUGAAGUGUUAUAAGACUCUUGGAAAUGUUACUAAUUAUAUAUUGUUUUACUUUGUGAGACAAUUUAUCAAGUAUUGGAGUGUAUGUUUUUUUUUUCAUUUGGUAGUACAUGGUAAAAUUGUCUUUCCAGAGUUGUGUUGUUUUUCUCGAUAUGUAAUUCUUACAAGUUCCAAAAGUUCUUUUUUCAAGUAUUUGUGGCUUCAAGCCGUCUUUUGAGUGUAUGAAUUUACUCAUGCUUGUGCUACAUUUUGUGUGAUUAAAGUACAAUAAGUUAUUGCA